AUGACAGGUCUCAAGAAGGCCUUAGGGAUGGACGCGGCUGCUCGUGGCAGCCCCGAUAGUGGAGCAUCCCGCGAGAACCGUGGCACAGGGGAGAAGCCGCAGGGGGCCUCCGCUGCUAUUCAGCGUUUCUUCAGUGACGCCGAUAAAUACUUCGAGGAUACGCCUUUGGCACAGCAGGCCUCUGCACUUACAGGACUCAGACCAUCUGCCAUUGUUACAGGCCUUGGAGUCUUUUUGCUUAUCAGUCUCGGCACUGGCUUGGGCGGAGGAAUAGUAUGUGACAUUGCCGGAUUUCUGUAUCCCGCAUGGAUGUCCUUUCGGGCCAUUGAGAGCCCAGGAACGGAGGAUGACAAGCUCUGGCUGACCUAUUGGGUGGUUUAUGCGGCAUUUUCGAUCGCCGAGUAUUUUGUUGACAUCAUUCUCUUCUGGGGAGCUGAAGUUGUGUACAACGUCUUUAUUCGCCCCUUCUUGCUAGUGCAUCAGGAGCCAAUUGACGCGUACAUGGACAAGCUGGGGGAGGCGGGGACCAGGGCGGCCGAAGGGAUUCAGCAUGUCGUGCAUGAAGGGUUUACCAAGGUUCAUCAGGCAGUCGGUGCGGUGAGGCGCAAAGCAAACUAA